GACUUCACUUGAACGACGCGAUGCUGGGUCGUCGAAUCCUCACAAGGGUUAACCUCCUGAAAUCGGUCACACGCUCAGCAUCUACUGCUUCAAAUCCUAAAUCCGUCGUUCCUUCGUCCCCUCAAUCCAAUGCAGCAGUAGCACCCCAGGCUCCCAACCAUCCUACAACCUGGUCUACCAACCAACAAUCUCGGCCAGUUGCCGACUCAGGCCCAAGGUUUGAACAGACGGUCAUGGAACUACAACCAAAUCCGUUGUCUGCGAUGGAGAUGAUUGCAAACGAACCCAUAAGGGUCGUCCAUGGCAGGAAAGCGGUUUGCGACGGAGGUGACGGCCCCUUGGGACACCCGAAGAUUUACAUUAACUUGGACAAACCUGGACCGAAAGCAUGCGGUUAUUGUGGAAUACGUUUCGAACAAGCACCCCACCAUCACUAACCUGCAGAAGAAGUUAUAAGGCAGCUGCAGGCUUCCUCAUUAAUGAAUCGAGAGAUAGGUGGUCAUGGACUUUAUCUCAGAAGCCAGGAUGGACAGUUGUUUUUUCUUGCACGCACACACUACAGCGGAGUUGUCCUCUAUUCUGAGCCAGA